UCCCUUCGCACCCGCUCCUUUCUGUAUGCAUCGUCCUCUUCUUGGUCUCUUUGUCUCAUCCAUAAAUUCAUCUAUUACUCUUCUCCCUAUUGGCCAUAUCCUUCUAUAGGCGUCUGUGGUGUGUCUUUUCUUUGUGUACCCAAACGCACACUCCCAAACCAUUUUUUACACUUUAGCAAGUUUUCUCCAACUCGACUUUUCACGCUGGCGGGCACCAUUCCACCCAAAGGAGAGGAGGACUUUUUAACGCUUGCUGCCUCUCGGCUCAGCCGCCGCAAGCGUGUCAUAGGAGCGGGCGUGGGUGUGGCCAUGGUUCUGAUCCUACUGGUCGCCAUCCCUUUACUGGUCCAUAGCACUAAGGGAGGAGGAACUGGCAAUGCAGGAAGCCAUUAUGAAAUGCUGGGAAGUUGUCGGAUGGUUUGUGACCCCUACACAACGUCUCAGGGCCAGGAGCUAACUGCUGUUUCACCAGUACCCCCUGAUUUUCCAAACCGGAGGGGAAAAUCGGGUUAUCGGGGACCCCAGGGGAUCCCGGGACCACCUGGUCCACGAGGACCACCUGGAGAGCCAGGAAAGCCAGGUCCGCAAGGGCCCCCGGGUCCUGGCCCUGGUGGUUAUGUGCCAUCAUUCUACAGUCCUAAGAUUGCUUUUUAUGCAGGCCUACGCAAGCAGCAUGAAGGCAAUGAUGUGCUCAAGUUUGAUGAUGUGGUAACCAAUGUUGGCAACUACUAUGAGCCCAGCACUGGCAAAUUCACAUGCCCUCUACCUGGCAUCUACUUCUUCACAUACCAUGUUCUGAUGAGAGGAGGCGAUGGGACCAGCAUGUGGGCAGACCUCAAGAAAAAUGGGCAGGUGAGGGCCAGCGCUAUCGCCCAGGAUGCCGAUCAGAAUUAUGACUACGCCUCCAACAGCGUGAUCCUGCAUUUAGACGUGGGAGACGAGGUCUGUGUGCAGCUGGACGGAGGGAAAGUCCACGGCGGAAACACCAACAAAUACAGCACGUUCUCCGGCUUCCUCAUUUACCCCGACUGACCUGCUCGGUUUCUCCGUAAUGCUGCUCUAUACACACAUAUGAAGUACUGUGCAUAAACACACACACAUUUAAAUACACACAUGCAAUUACCCACACGCUCAACGGGCUUGAAAGAAACGGACAAGUAAUGGAGUACAAGGGCUUCACAGAUGGGAACAAUUAAACUAUAGCCUACCUUCAUAAAGCAGGUGGAUUCCUGACACGCUGUUUGUAUUGUGUGUAAAUUAUAAUCUUCAACCUAAUACAAAGAGAACUUCCCAAAAUUAAAAUGCAUAUAUAUAUAAAUGUCUAUAUCUAUUCUGACACGCUGUCAAAUUUUUAUGCAUUACAUUGUGUGCUUGUUAGUGUACUUGUCUUUACAUUUUGUGUAUCUGUCAGAAUCAGUCACUACGAUUCACUGAAAUGAGACUGCAUUCAGAAUCUACUUUAGUUAACAUGGUUUAUGAUGUACAGAUGCAUUUACACAUGGCUGGGCUUGGGACAGACUAAACCGGUUCUUAAAUGUACUCAUCACCAUUCGGACAGCCAGUCCAAUAGCAUAGCACAGACGUAGCGUAGCAGGUGCACACUGCACAGGGCAAGUAAAUAAUCUAAGUCCUCUUGUUCAAUUCAUUUAAAGUCACUCUUUUGGAUGCAUGCGUGGAAUCGGAAAUAUGACUUUUGCAAAUAGAAAUGAAACACCCAACGGCUCACCAUAGCAAAAGGAUGGAUUUCCGAUAUGUGUAAAUAACGUGGCCCAGACCAAACUAUUCAUAUAUUGAGCUGGACUGAGUAGACCCUUCCAUUUAAUCCAAUACAAUUUAUUUAUUAAUACAAAACUUACCUCUUUCUAAACAAAAUGUUUUAACAUAAAACUAAAUAUGACUUUUAUUUCUAUUUAAGGCUAAGAUGUUUUAUCUCACUAGAGAGGUUAUGUUAUAAUUUAGGAAACUUUAAUUGAUCCUAAUUAAUUAAAAUCUAAAACUCCUGUUUUGAAAUCAAAAUUAAUAUCACAGU